GCGCCAGAAGCCGGAAGCGCUGGGAGCACCGGAAGCGGCGGAAGGCGGAAGUGCUGGCGGGGCGCGAUGGCGGCGGCGGUGUCGGCCCUCAGCAGCCUGGGGGUACCCGAGGCCGAUGUUGGGAGCGAGGAGGAAGAGGAGGAGGAGGAGGCAGAGCCUGGCCCAUCCGCGGCGGCGGCGGCGGAGCAGAGGCGGGAGGAGCGGCUGCGCCGGUUCCGGGAGCUCCACAUGAAGCGGUACGAGGCCUGCAAGCUGAACAGCCAGGAGGUGGUGGAGGAGGACAAGAGGCUGAAGCUGCCCCCGAACUGGGAAGCUAAAAAAGCUCGGCUGGAGUGGGAGCUGCAGGUGCAGGAGAAGAAGAAGGAGUGUGCAGCCCGGGGUGAGGACUACGAGCGGGUGAAGCUGCUGGAGGUCAGCGCCGAGGACGCCGAGAGGUGGGAGAGGAAGAGGAAGAAGAAGAACCCCGACCUGGGCUUCUCAGACUACGCGGCGGCGCAGCUGCGCCAGUACCAGCGGCUGACCCGGCAGAUCAAGCCCGACCUGGAGCAGUAUGAGAAGCUCAAGGAGCAGCACGGGGAGGCCCUGUACCCCACCUCGGACAGCCUCCUGCACGGCACCCACGUGCCCUCCAAGGAGGGCGUGGACAGGAUGGUGGCAGACCUGGAGAAGCAGAUCGAGAAGAGGGAGAAGUACAGCCGGAGGCGGCCCUACAACGACGACGCCGACAUCGACUACAUCAACGAGAGGAACGCCAAGUUCAACCAGAAGGCAGAGAGGUUCUACGGGAAAUACACGGCUGAGAUCAAACAGAACCUGGAGAGGGGCACGGCCGUGUGAGCCUGCCUGGCCCAGCUCAGCUCAAACAGAACCUGGGGAGGGGCACGGCCCUGUGAGCCUGCCUGGCCCAGCUCACUCCUGGCUCCCCUGUUACUCUUUUCUAUUUUAAAUUGUAUCAAAAGUCGCUUGUGGCUGUUGCUCUCCCAGCUCCAUGGUGUGUAUAGCAUGCUGAACAAUGCAGAAUUCAGCUGUAAAUAGCUUUGGCUGCAGGAGUAGCCAGGUUCUGCCUUCCAUGUUCUAAAUAAACUCUUUGCUCUAA